AUGCUUUCCAAAGCUCUUGCCCUCCUCCUUCUCCCACUUGGAGCUUUCGCAUCACCAGUCGACAAUGAAGCCCGCCAGGUCCGACCGCUCACCUACGAAGGCUAUGAAGCUUUCAAGGUCGACAUCACUUCGAGCACCGCCGAGACACUCAGAGCCCUAGAGGGAAUCGACUAUGACCAAUGGGCGCUCGUUCACAACGACCACAUUGAUAUCUCCAUGGCGCCAGCUGAGAUCGCUAAGUUUAAGAAGUUGGGUUUGAAGUACAGCUCGAAGAUGAAGGACAUUGCUGGGGCAAUCAGAAAGGAGCAGGAGGUUGCUGGGUGGAGUGGACGCAUGCAAGCCAAUGGUCUACCAGACAGCACUUGGUUCAACAGCUACCACAGCUACGCCGAGCACGUCCAAUUCUGGAAAGACUUGCAAGCUUCCAUCCCACAGCAUUCGCAGAUGGUCAGCUCGGGAACUUCUCUCGAAGGACGCGAUAUCUUUGGUUUGAAGCUGGGCGUCGCAAACGCUACCCGGACAAAGAAGGCCGUGAUCUGGCAUGGCCAAGUCCAUGCUCGCGAGUGGAUCACAGGCAUGACACUCGAGUAUAUCACCUACUCUAUGAUCAAUGAGUUCAACCGCGGCAACUCAGACGUCGUCAACUUCCUGAACACCUACGAUUUCUACAUCUACCCCUUCGUCAACCCCGACGGCUUCAUCUACUCCCAAACCCGCGAACGCCUCUGGCGCAAAAACCGCCAACUCCCACCCCGCGGCAGCUCCUGCUACGGCGUCGACGUAAACCGCAACUGGCCUCACCAAUGGUCCACCAACAGCGGCGGAAGUAGCACAAACCCCUGUAACCAAGCCUACCGUGGUGCUUCCGCCGGCUCUGAACCCGAAACAAAAGGCCUCACACGCACGAUCAACAACAUUGCCUCUGCACAAGGCAUCAAGCUGUACAUCGACUGGCAUUCUUAUGGAAACUAUAUUCUGUCGCCGUAUGGAUAUACUUGCUCGAGUUUCCCAGCGAAUAAUGCGAAGCUUGUGAGGUUGGGACGGGAGACGGGUGAUGUUAUUGGAGCGGUUUAUGGACAGAGUUUUACGACUGGGCCGACUUGUCAGACGUUGUAUGCUGUUAAUGGCGGUAGUUUGGAUUAUGUGUAUGAUGUUAGCAAGGCGGAAUUGAGCUAUGCAUGGGAGCUGCGCGAUAAGGGCGAAUUUGGCUUCAUGUUGCCUGCUGAUCAGAUUCGCCCGACUGGUGAGGAGAAUUGGAGGGGUAUGCUGUAUUUGUUGAAGAAUAUGUAA